UAAUCUUAAUAAUUUCUGUUGUCUCUCUCACACAAGUUCCCCCCUUCUCUCCCUAACACAGCCAUGGGGAGCACACGAAUGAUAGAUAUAGCGGUUAAUUUCACUGAUAGUAUGUUUAGAGGAAUAUACAAUGGGAAGCAAUAUCAUGUAGCUGAUAUUCCAGCGGUGCUUAGCAGGGCUUGGAGUGCUGGUGUAGAUCGAAUUAUCGUGACUGGUGGCUCCCUUGAGGAAUCAAAGGAAGCUCUUGCUAUUGCAGAAACUGAUGCAAGACUUUUCUGUACGGUUGGUGUACACCCAACAAGAUGCAAAGAAUUUGAUGACAGUGGUGAUCCGGAGAAACAUUUUGAGGCUCUUAUAUCAUUGGCUAAAGCCGGAGUUGAGAAAGGCAAGGUGGUGGCAAUUGGCGAAUGUGGAUUGGAUUAUGACAGGCUUUCCUUUUGCCCGUCUGAGAUACAAAAGAAGUACUUUGAGAAGCAGUUUGAAUUAGCAUGGGCCAUGAAGCUGCCAAUGUUUCUCCACAUGCGAGCAGCUGCCGAGGAUUUUUGUCACAUUCUUGAGCAAAAUAAUCAUAGGUUCUGCUCUGGGGUUGCACACUCUUUUACUGGCAGUGCUGAAGAUCGUGAUAAACUACUUUCAUUCAAUAAUCUUUUUAUAGGCGUAAAUGGCUGCUCUCUCAAGACUGCUGAGAAUUUGGAUGUUGUAAAGGGGAUUCCUGUUGAAAGAAUGAUGAUUGAAACAGAUUCGCCGUACUGUGAAAUCAAGAACACACAUGCUGGGAUUAGUUACGUGAAAUCCUUGUGGCCUUCUAAAAAAAAAGAUAAGUAUGAUCCAGAUUCCACUGUCAAAGGUCGCAAUGAACCAUGUUUAGUACGGCAAGUACUUGAGGUGGUAGCUGGCUGUAAAGGCAUUGCUGACGUAGAUCAACUGAGCAAGAUGAUAUAUCACAAUACAUGCAGGGUUUUCUUUCCACACGAUUUGGACUCCGCAGCAGAUGCGCUUCUUGCUGGUGGUAACGACACCAUUUGAAUUCCAUUUCCUCUCCAUCGAAUAUAAAAAUAGCAGUUGUGCUGUGGUACAUUUUUAAUCGUAUCUGCUGGUCAAGGAUCGACUGAACUUCUCUGAGCAUCUUUGUGACACUAAAAAUAAGUUUCUUUAAGUGGAUGAUACUGUAAAGAAGGAUUGAUUUUUAUAAGAAUCUUGUGUACUUUUAAUGAAAUUCCAUGAUUUCUUCUUGAAGACUAAUAAUGUCUAGUUUUUGGCAAUAAAUAUUUUUAUAUA